AUGAUUGCAGUCGCAGCCAAGAAGAACUGGUUCAUUCAUCAAAUGAAUGUUUACAACGCGUUCUUAAAUGGAAGUAUGGAGGAAGAGAUUUAUAUGGCACUCCCACCUGGCUAUGAAGAAUGUGAUAACAAGAUGGUCUGCAAAUUAAAUAAGUCCAUCUAUGGACUGAAGCAGUCACCUCGUUGUUGGUUUGUGAAACUUUCUGAUGCAAUUGUGUCCUAUGGUUUCAACCAGUCCAGAGCUGAUCUCACAUCUGGAAAUGUGUUCAUAGCUAUGCUGGCGUAUGUGGACGACUUGAUCAUCUGUGGCAACAACCUGGAGGGUAUUCAAAACUUCAAAGAUUACUUGAGAAAUUGCUUCAAGAUGAAGGAUCUAGGAGAUUUGAAGUAUUUUUUAGGUCUUGAACUCACUCGUACAAAACAGGGCAUUCUCCUCACUCAGCGCAAGUAUACAUGUGACUUGUUAGAUGAAGUCGGACUGCUAGGCGCAAAGCCCAUGGAAACCCCAAUAGAAUAUCGACUCAACCUGUCAGCAACUGAUGGGCAGCCAUUGAAGAAUGCAACCACUUAUCGCCGGUUGGUUGGUAAGCUGAUUUACCUCACAAUAACUCGUCCAGACAUUAUGUUUUCUGUCCAUGUCCUUAGUAGACACAUGCAGCAACCAACUACAACACAUCUAGACUCAGCCAUGAAGGUGUUACGAUAUCUGAAGAAAAAUCCUGGGCAAGGCUUAUUGUUUUCUCAAAACUGUAACUAUGAGUUGAAAGCGUAUUGUGAUGCCGACUGGGCAGCCUGCAGGGAUACUAGACGCUCAGUUUCAGGUUACUGCGUCUUCUUCGGUGGUAGUUUGAUUUCAUGGAAAUCAAAAAAACAGCCUACUGUGUCACGAUCAUCCGCCGAAGCAGAGUAUCGUGCCAUGGCUAAUGUUUGCUGUGAAAUCUUGUGGCUGAAGUACAUACUAGUAGAUCUCACAGUGCAACACUUAGACUCAGUCCUGGUUUUCAGUGACAGCAAGUCAGCCUUGCAGAUGGCUGCCAAUCCAGUGAAGCAUGAACGAACCAAGCAUGUGGAACUAGAUUGCCAUGUAGUGAGAGAUCUAGUGAGGCACAGAACGAUCGAGACCAGAUUUGUAUCAUCCCAGUAUCAAGUUGCUGACAUGUUCACCAAAUCCAUUAGCUUGGAUCAGUUCCUCUUCUUGAAAGGCAAACUUGGCCUUUGUGAUCCAUAUGCCCAGUUUGAGGAUGGGGUGUUAAAGACAGUUACCCUUACUAAAGAAAAGGAACAAUAA